AUGUCACAAUCAGAUGACGAUUACCCCCUUGACGGGGGUCGGAGCAGCUCUAGCAGUUCGCCGCGUAGCAGCUAUUCCGUCAGCAUCAGCAGCACCAGCAGCAACACAUCUGAAGGUCCAGUAACACGCUCUCCAGGUGCCAUCUCAAAAAAAAACCCUGGAGUUGUAACUGCGGCUGUGACGAAAAAGCCUUUUGCGCCGCCGAAGGUUGUUCGUACUAAGAACAUUGCAAUCAAACGGCCGCUGCCAAAGCGAACUCCUCUUCCUCAUGCAGCUUCCAUUCCAAAAGCAGCAGAAACAGCGCCUGAUAUGUCGAAACGGGAGAACCAACUGGCGGCCCUUCAGUCGCAGCUGAUGAUGUCUCGGGCAGCGAUUGGUCAGCGGUGGAAAGAUGCGUGGAAGAGCGCUGACUCUUCCGCUAUUUCUUACGAUUCAGAUUUGAAUGACUUUGAUGACUCAGAUUUUUUGGAUGGGUUGAGCUCCUCAAAUUCUUUGAGGAAAGGCGGGCAGCGGCACGAUGAGUCAAGUGAUAGUGAGCCAGUGGGCUCUUCCCGAACUUCCCUUACAGCAAGUGCGGCUCACAAGGACCUCUUAAGGCUCUUGGAAAGGGAAAUUUCGAGCAGCUCUAGUUUAUCUCGCGAAGGAAGUGACCAAACUCUAAAUUUGACCGCUUCGGAUUUCAUUGACGAUUUGAAGACUGAUCCUGUGUAUCAAGACAGUGGAGAGCCCCGCCCCUCAGCCGCUGUGGAGGAAACCAUCAUGCCGCGUCCCCUGCAGAGGUUUAAAGUGAAAUUGUUUAAGCAUAGCCAUCCGGAAAGCUCGUGCUCAUCUGAAGAGUCAUCUGACAGUUCUGCACCGGAGCCAACUACCUGGCCGCAGCUGCCAUCCCGAGAGACUUCCGUGCCGGGGGAGGAGCUUGAGGAGUCAGAGUCAGAGCCUGAGGCUGAAGCUGCGGAUGCAGAUGAUUCGGAAGGAGCAGGCAUUCAGGAGAGAGAUGGAGAAGACAAAAGUGGGGAAAUUGUAGAGGAAGAGGCGGAGCAGGGCGAGAGCAGUCCGCGAACAGAACAAGAAGAGCCACAAGUAAAAUGGGAAAUCGACGAAGCUCAGCAAGCUGAAGUUUCGCCGCCACAGCCGAAAGAGCACGUUGCCGUCAGGCGGACCCUCAGAGCGGCAGACCUGGCGGUCAACGAGCGGCUCGAUGAAGACGCUUGCCAAGAGGAUUUCAAUCGUCGAGAGAUGGCGGAUCGCAUCAUUUAUGAAUACACAAAUGACCCACUGACCCCAAAAAUGGAGAAACUGAAAGCGGAACGUUUAAAACUUGCUCAGUGGGCGAGGCGACUUGGCGCUCAAGGCCAACCAAGAGCAGAAGGAGAGAAACCCGUUGGAUUCAGACCUCCGCUUGUACGACCCGUGCUAACGGAUGUCGGCUCAACGUUUCCUCGGAACGAGGUAGACCGGCCCUUGACGAAAGACAUAUCUCCUCGGGGAGAGGGCAUAGAAUCGCGUUUGCUACAGCGUGCUCUGCUGCCCAGCACAAGGGUGUGGCAGAUGGAGCAGCGGACAAAGCGAUUGCAGCAGCAGUCUGCGAAACAGAGGGAACAUCUGGCUCUGCUCCAGGCAGCCCUAAGAAGGAAGACAGGGGAAGAAGGCAACAGCACCGUAGCGUCUGUGAAAGACUUGCCUGGAAGUCAGACAGCGGAAGGGCUCUCCCCCAGAACAGCUGAAAUAAAGCUAUACGAAGAGCAGUGUGUCUACUUGGGAGCCCAGCUAGAAGAAGAACAUGAGUUCUGUGACACGUACAAGACGGAAUUAGGCCGAGCUUUGUUGAAAAACAUGGCGCUCCAGAGACGACAUGAAGAAGCGGUAGAAGCUAUUAAACACCAGAAAGCGGCACAGGACAAGCAAAUGGCUGAGCGAAUACAGGCAGAGGAGCGUCUGGUCGACCUGAAAGACAAAGUGGACGAGGAGACAAGGAAACGUCUUACUGAGGUGAGCUGCAGACAACAACGGGACCAACAAGCAAUAACGCUCCAGCAGAGGUAUUCCCAGCUCAUUCAUUACCUGCAAGAAGCUGAAGAGAAACGAAGCUCGUUUGAAGACGGAUUGCGAAUAGCGCAGAGCAACGCGCAAAGAGCCGAAGCCCUGCUACAAACGAAAGAGGCGGAGCUCGCAUACGCUAGACGAUGUGUAGAGGCUCAAGGCGUCCAGUUGCUGGAAAAGGAGGUGCAAAGGCGCAAUGAAAGGGACCGAGCAAACAUAGCGGAGCAACAAGUCAAACAGUUAAAUGAGUCAGUGGCCCUCAAGGAUAGGCAGAUAGCUGAACUGACGGAGAAGGGCAAAGACGGCGUAACACUGCUGCAGAGAGAACAGGAGGCUCACAACAAGACGCGAGAGGCCUUGACUGCCGCACGGCUAGAGAUAGAAGCGUUGCAGCAACAGCUGAGAGACCAGAAAAGCUCCGCUUCCACAGUUCAGCAAAAACUUGAGUCGCUUGAGAAACUAGCACAGGAGUUCGAGGCUCUUUCUGGGGAAGCUGAGGCCAAUGAAAAAGAUAUGCAAGCCUGGCACGACUCCGUAGAGGAACGCAGGGCCAAGGCGAUGGCGAUUUUGGAAAGUGCCGAGCGUUCAGCCCUUGCAGUUCUGUCACAGCUCGACCAAGGAGCUGCUGAUGCACUAGCAGUAAAUGAACUGGCUCAGCAGAUGGAUGCCCUCCGCCAUGCAAGGCAGCAGGAAGUUGCUGUACUUGAGCAAGAGUACGAAAAAGCUGGAAAACAGAGGGAAAAAUUAGAAGCCAAAUUGAAAGGCCAGGAGAGAGAGGCUGAAGAACUGCAACAACAGCUGGCUUCUGUAACUCAAAAACUUAGGCGUGAGACACAAAGGGCCAAAAUUGCUAGCCGCCGUAUUAUUAGGAAUUCCGCAGCUUAUGGCUGGAGGACAGAGGAACCGCUUACUGGAGAAAUGCGCACGAUGCGAGUUGGAUCCCCUCUCGAGAUGCUGAGCAAGUCAAGCAGCCGCCGACCUGAAAUGCGUUAUUUGAAGAUGUUCAAGCGGGGGAUUAUCAUGUGGACCGAAGAUCUAAAUGGCAAGAAGGGCUUCAAGAGGUCAGAACAAUUCGUGGCUAAGGAUAUUAUUGGCAUUGACUACGGAACUUCAUCCUCUGCAUAUCUUUGGAGUCUGUACGUGCGGAAAGGCGCCAAGACCUCUUCAGAGCCAUUUGCCUCUCCGUGGAGGUGCUUCACUGUCAGGACAUUGACAAAAACUUUUGAAUUUCGGGCGCAGACCGACGAAGUCGCACAGGACUGGGUUGUUGGUCUUGGCCGGCUGAGUGGUACCCACGGUCCUCCAAUGAUUGCAAGCAAGCACGAAGCUAUCGUUCACCGCGUUCACAUGAAGCUUAGUGCCUAUGCUGAGCAAAGAGGCAUAAAACCCGCCGUAGUAUGGAAAGAAGCCAUUAACAGGACACUCGCGCAACUGCCGCAUAUUCGCCAGCGAGCUGCGGAGAGGGCACGCCAUGAUGCCUUAAGGGCGCCGGAAGACUUAAGCUCGCAUCGGCGUUCUCCUUCGAAGGGUACUUCGUCUCGAAGAGAUUCACGCAGACACUCUCAGUUGAGCCACAGGGAGGGCCACCGAGGGUCCCACGAUAUUGAGCGUCUUAGCCGAAGAGGGCAGCAGGAAAGGAGUCAUCGUCGUCAGGAGUCCUCUAUUCCGUUGUCUGAAAACGAGAGCCAAGCAGCGGGUGAUCAUUCGCCAAGAGAGAGGCCCCGCCAGCUGUCAGCGAGUCCAGAGAGCAGACGGCACCGAUCCCAAUCCAAAACACCUGAAGGACGACAAAACUCGGCCCAUUCCUCAAGAGAUCGGGAGGGAAAGACAGCUGAGUCUCCAGGUUCACCACCAGAGGAGCCAGCUCAGUCCCACGGAAAGAGCAAACAAGCACGACACCGCCGUCAGCAAAGAGAGCGUCCGAGUGAAUCCGACGAAGCUCCAAGAACUGAGAGGCCGAAAACAAAGACUUCAAGAGGCAUUUUGUCGAGAGCUGGCAGCCUCUUCAGAAAAACGACGAUGAAUUAG